AGGAGUUCUAUGAGCUGACAGUGUGCGAAAGCCAGAAAGCGGAGGCACCACAAGACAUGAAGUAUCGUUACCACGGCGAUGACACUCCGCCCCUGGAGGACAGCUCUGGUCACAUGACUGCCAGCGCUGGUCACAUGACAAAAGAACAGAGUGUGGACUCAACACAUUCUGAUGGUUACGCACAACCGGCCGCACACACGAUGAACGGAUCCGAGGGAGAGCUGGAAUAUGAAGAGAUUACACUGGAAAGGGGAACGGCUGGCCUGGGUUUCAGCAUCGCUGGAGGAACAGAUAACCCUCACGUUGGAGACGAUCCGUCCGUCUUCAUCACCAAGAUCAUUCCUGGAGGAGCCGCCGCUCUGGACGGAAGGCUCCGGGUGAAUGACAGCAUCCUAUUGGUGAACGACGUGGACGUGCGUGAGGUCACCCACUCCAUGGCGGUGGAGGCUCUGAAGGAGGCGGGGUCUGUGGUCAGGCUGUACGUCCUGAGGCCACGCCCCCCUGCUGACACCGUUCUGCAGAUCAGACUCAUCAAAGGACCCAAAGGUCUGGGCUUCAGCAUCGCGGGGGGAGUCGGUAACCAACACGUUGCCGGGGACAACAGCAUCUACGUCACCAAGAUCAUUGAGGGGGGGGCCGCACACCGAGACGGGCGGCUCCAGAUCAGAGACCGGAUACUGGCGGUGAACAGUAUGAAUUUAGAGGAGGUGCUCCAUGAAGAUGCGGUCACUGCACUGAAGAACACGUCGGAGGUUGUUUACCUGAAAGUAGCCACGCCAACUGCUGGCUACACACACCCCCCUGACCUCACCAGCUCCUAUAUGGAACCUGAAUAUCUCGCUGAUUACCCACAAGCCCUGCCUCCACCGUCGCCACGGCGAUACUCACCGGUCUCCCAUGGCAUGAUGGGAGAGGACGACUAUGCGCGGGAGCCUCGGCGUGUGUGUGUGCAGCGGGGGUCCUCGGGUCUGGGCUUCAACAUCGUUGGAGGAGAAGACGGGGAGGGCAUCUUCAUCUCCUUCAUCCUGGCUGGAGGCCCGGCAGACCUGAGUGGAGAGCUGAGGAGAGGAGACCAGAUCCUCACUGUGAAUGGUGUGGAUCUCAGACAUGCGACACAUGAACAGGCAGCGGCUGCACUGAAGAAUGCUGGACAGACUGUUACCAUAGUAACACAGUACAGACCAGAGGAGUACAGUCGUUUUGAAGCUAAGAUUCACGAUCUGAGGGAACAAAUGAUGAACAGCUCCUCAGGAUCCCUGAGAGCCAACCGAUCCUUCUACGUCAGAGCACUUUUUGACUACGAUAAGCAGUGGGACUGCGGAGUCCUAUCACAAGCCCUGGACUUCAACUUUGGGGAGGUGCUUCACGUGAUCGACAGCUCAGAGGAUGAAUGGUGGCAGGCCAGGAGGCUGAACCAGCAGGGAGAGCUAGAGGAGGUUGGAUACAUCCCCUCCAAACACAGAGUGGAGAGGAAGCAGUGGUCAAGAUUUAAUAAAGUUGAAGGAUUUGUCCAGAGUUAUGAGAUGGUGACACAAAUUGAAGUGGACUACGCUCGCCCGGUCAUCAUCCUGGGGCCCACUAAGGACCGCCUGAACGACGAUCUGCUCUCCGAGUUCCCAGACAAGUUUGGCUCGUGUGUUCCCCAUACGACUCGCCCCCAGAGGGAGUAUGAGGUUGAUGGGCGUGACUAUCAUUUUGUGUCGUCACGGGAACAGAUGGAGAGAGACAUCCAAUCCCAUUGCUUCAUUGAGGCUGGACAAUACAACAACCAUCUGUAUGGGACGUCCGUACAGAGUGUGAGACAGGUGGCUGAGCAGCAGGGUAAACACUGUGUACUGGACGUGUCGGCCAACGCUGUGAGGAGGCUCCAGGCUGCUAACCUCCACCCCAUCGCCAUCUUCAUUCGACCGCGCUCGCUGCAGAACAUCCUGGACUUGAACAAGCGUCUGUCGGAGGACCAGGCUGGGAAGGCUCUGGACCGCGCCAUCACCCUGGAGCAGGACUUCAUAGAGUGUUUCACAGCGAUGGUGGAAGGCGGGAGUUUCCAGGACGUUUACGACCAGGUGACUGCGGUCAUCCAGGAGCAGAGCGGCCCCUACAUCUGGGUCCCCGCCAGAGAGAGCUUCUGAUUGGUCCCUAAACCUGGGAUCCCGCGAGAGAGACGUUCUGAUUGGUCCCCACGUCUGGGAUCCCCACUAGAGAGACGUUCUGAUUGGUCCCCACGUCUGGGUCCCCGCAAGAGCGAGCUUCUGAUUGGUCCCUAAACCUGGGAUCCCGCGAGAGAGACGUUCUGAUUGGUCCCCACGUCUGGGUCCCCGCUAGAGAGACGUUGUGAUUCGUUCCUACAUCGGGGUCCCCUCUAGAGACGUUCUGAUUGGUCCCCUGCUGGAGAGACGUUCUGAUGGGUUGCUGCUUCCAAGUCACCAUGGAUACCAUCUCAGCCGUCGCCCCUGGUGAUGGCUGCCUCUCUCUGAAAGACACACCAUGGAGCCUGUUAACGCUGAGACGAUCCCCGUGGAAAUGAUCACCAUGAAACCUGCCGCUGCGGUGACAUAGAGGAACUAUUUUUGAUAUGACAUCCAUCAACCAACCCUUACCUCUUUAUUAUCUACCCGCACCAACUUAUUAUCUAUCCUCUUUCUCUGACGGGAGGGAACGAGAGAGAGAGAGAGAGAGAGAGAGAGAGAGAGAGAGAGAGAGAAAGAGAGAGGAACGAUGGAGGGAUGAUGCAGAAGAUUAGAGUCUUUGUAUCUGGUGCUGUGAUGGUCUAGAAGGCCACUGUGGUGAUAUCAAUAUAACACAUAUUCUAUUGAUUCAUUUAUUUAUUGAUUAGUCUAUUUAUUUUGGUCGAAUGAUCUUAGUCAUUAUACCCAGUGUGUAUAUAUAUUUAAUAUAUGGGGCUUCUUCACCAUCGUGGAGAUAGGUGUCGACCAGGUGUACCUGCUAAUCUACACGGUACAGGUGGUCAGGUACCUGGUGGACCAGCAGGUGAACAGGUCCACCUGCAAGUCCACCAAGAGUACCAGGUCUUGCACACUGGUCAGAAAUGGGCUUUAGGGGUUAGGGGGUAAGGGUUAGAUUGGGUUAGGAGGUUAGGGUUAGAGUGGGUUUUGUUUAGAGUCGGGAAGGGGGUUAGUUUGUUAGGGCUAGAGUGGGUUGAGGGGGCUAUGGUAAGGGUGUUUAUCUAGUCCCUUCUAGUAGAGUUCUAGUUCAAUAUGUAUCAUAUCCAAAAAUGUAUUAUGCUGUUCUACACGAAACGCACACUCACACCCUUCUGUACAACACACACACCUUCCCCGGAACACCCUCUCACAACAAACACACACAGGUGUCUCUGAUACUGAUGUAUAAUAUUUUUAUUAUUCAAAUUCAAUGAAUGAUCUGAAUAAAAUUAAUUAUAAAAUGUUUAACAGAGUCUGUCUUUGUUAACCAUAAUGCAAUUGUACAGCAAUAACAGUAUAAUAUAUUAAAUAUUUGUAUGUGAAUGUCACAAGCAUGAUUUAUUGUUGAACUGAACAAGA